UGAAUUUUGGUCUAGAAUGGAGUUCAAAUUAGGUAAUCUGAUAUGUACAAAUCCUGUGUUAUCAAAUGUUGUUAAUAACUUGGCAGAAAUAGCAGGUGUGAGGACCCAGGAUAUCACAGUUCCUGUGGGAUUAACCGUCAAAAUAAAAUACAAAAAUAAGGUCAAGGUGCUAUCUCGGAAUCCAAAGGACUUGCAUGAGUUAAAAUCGUCAGUUUUCAAGUGCUUUCCUGACCUUCAGCACAGCCUUGACUUGACAAUCCACUAUGUUGAUGAUGAGAGGGAUAAAUCGUUCUUGAAUGAUACUAACGACUUAUUAGCUGCCUAUAAAUUGAUGAAUAUGCUAAAGCACAAGAAGGUUCUCCAAUUUGUAAUAAACUCCCCUUCAUAUGAGCGUAGUGUGAACCAGAACAUGGGGCUAUUAUCCACUGGUGAGACUUCCAUUUACAAACCAGUUGGUGCCAAGCGGAUGAAAAUCAAGAUCAUGAAUUGGCGUAUUCUUGAAAAUGCCCUGCUUAUUAGGAACGGGUAUAUCUAUGAGUUCAGCAAGAGCAACAAGAAUUGUUAUGGCUACAGAUGAGCUGACACUAAGAAUGGGUGCCUUGGAAAGUGGAACAUCUAUGAAAGAGACGUAGCUGGCUAUGGCCUAGAGCACUGAGCCCAUACCUUACCGAAGAAAUACCAUAAAUCUCUAAAGGUUGAUAGAGAUAUUGCAAGGACAGCCCUAAAUAUUGUCCCAUUUUUGGAUAUGAAAGGGGAUCUUCCUUACAUUGUAACUUAUGAUCAAUGUAAGAAAGUAGUGAUGAGAUUACUAGAGAAGGACCUUAGGCUAUCCAAAGAUGACCUUAUCAACUGCUUCUUGAGCUUAGGGACAGACUGGAACCUUCUUUCCAAGCACUUGAUGGACAAUCUAAUUCUAAAAAUGAGGAGUAGACUAGCAGUCAAGAUCAAUGACAAGAACGAUUUAGAGGAAAUGAAGAGCUUUGAUGGACAAAGGUUGGGAAGAAAACUCCUCGAACUUAAAGUCGAUGAGGUCAAGCAAUAUGUGUUAUAUCUUUACUCUCCAACACAAGAGGAAGUCCUCAGAACUAGUCCAACACUAUUCUUAAACUGCUCAUAUAAGCAAAUACUAAAACCACAGUGGAAAGAUGUGGUAAUGAUUCAUUGCUUCGUUGAUGGCUUAUGUGUCACGGUUGGAUGCUUACUAUUCCAGAGCUGAACAGCAUCAAUUUUCAAAGAAGCAUUUGACUACCUUAUCAAAGAGCUAAAUCUCCAAACAGAAGAGCUAAUCCUUGAUCUAGACCCUGACUUAGUAGAGGGAGCGACUCAAGUAUUCAGUGCAGACGCUCGGUUCAAGACUUGAGCAUAUUUCAUCUUCAAAUACCUAACUGAAAGAGCAAACAGGCUGGGUUUGUACAACCAAGGGAUAGAUAUCCAUGUCAACAGGCUGCUAAAAUGCCUAAAAAGCCUUGUCUUCAAGCCUAAGGAUGAAGUUGAGGGGUAUUUCUCCAAAAUCAAGGACUAUUUCAAGAAGUACUGCUCUACUUUCCAUCUGUUGUUCACUGAAUUUGAAAAUGUCUUCCUACAGAAGUACAAUAUCGAGUACUGGAGCUGCCAUUACCUAAUCUUUGAAGAGAAUUUAGAGCCAGAAGCAGCUAAAGAAGCUCAAGAGAAAAGAGAUGUAUACCUGAAAUUAAAUAAGAAACUAGAAAUUAACGAUAAACAAUGCAUAGAGAAGUGAUUUGCUGCCUUUGAGGAGAAAACUCAGAGCGGGUUCGCUCAAGGCAUUGCCAAUAUUGAGCGAAUGAGCAGGACUAUUAUUUCCAAUCAGGAUACACCAAUGCAGAAAGAAGAUAACCCUGCAGAUGCUAUCUUCACAUCCAAUGUUAUUAAAGAGAACGAAGAUGUUACAUGUAAGAACGCUCAGAUUUAUGGGUGAAGUGUUCAUGAAAUCCCUGAAUAUUCUAUUUUAAGUGAUCUGUUACUGCAUAAUAAAGAUCUAAUAGAGGAAGAGCUAGCCAAACAGUUUGUAUUUCCGACUGAGAUUUCAUAA